AUGGCAAUCGAAACAAAACGCAAGAUCUUAAUCGGCGAAGACGAUGAAGGAGAAGCACAGGGGACGAAGGAGACACCGACCACAGAAGAAUCACUUAUGACGAAGAAGUCCAGAAAAGAAAUAAGAGAUCGGAGAUUACACGGUUUGAGCCGGAGAUGGAUUGGAUUGGAGGAGAAGGCUCGGUGUGGGCUCGAAUCCAAUUCAAGCCCACCAAACAGGCCCAUGACGAUUAGAAGUGAAUUUGCCACCAAUCUGCCUAUAACGAAACUUGCUCCUGAAAACUCAGCUAAGAAAUGCUCUCACUGGCCUGAAAACUCAGAUGCAGACGCUAUGUCUGUAUGUAUGAGAGACGUACCUUAUCGAAGAAAUAGCCGGAGUGAUUGGGGACGAUCGGCUAUUGAAUUACAGAGAAGGGUCUCUGGAGGGGGAUCCGGUAAGCUAACAAGUCCUAGCUCUCAGGCUCAGCUGCCUGCCCCAUUUCCACAUUGGCUCAACUCAAAAACUACAGAGAUUUAUGUUUGCUUUCAUUCUUCUGUUUCCGGACUGCUUGAAUACUUCAAGACAGUCCAAUAUCGUUUAGCUAAGUCUGCAGCUAUGUUUAACUGCAUUUUCAGACAAAUGGCACAAGGUAUGCAAUCACAUCUCGGUUUCUACUGUCACCCCUUUGGCUCAGGCUGCCCCAUAGACUUCCUAUGCAACUCGCUCAUGAUGCUUCCAAACUCUGCAUCACCAAUGGAGGCAGCAUCGAUCGCUUGUUAG